AUGUUUGCGCGUAAACUAAAGGCACUUGGGCAUCACAGUCCAAGCAGUUUUGAUGUUAAUGGUAAGAUUCUUUUUUAAUUAAUCAGUAUUAUUUAUAGUAAACCACUAAUAUAUUAAAACCCCUAAAUUAUAACCUAUUAUAAAUUAAUUAAUUGAUAUUUUUAUACUCUUUUUGUUAUUUAAUAUUGUGUUCCUGUAUUGACCUUUAUUCAUUUGUCGUUUUAGUUUAAUUUACAGUCAAACCGGAUGCUCUGUUCCCCUGAAAUGGCCUGAAUAUUGCAAUAUUGUUGGGAAUACCACAAUUUUGAUUGCAAGAUUGCUCUGAGCAAGUUGCAACCGACAUGAUCAAAUUGCAAGUUGAAAUUCACAACCAGAUUUGUAAAAAAGUCUCUAAUUGGCUACUAGUAGCAAAGAAGAACCAAUCAAAAACUCUGAGCAAAUGGAUUGGUUGUUCUUUGCUACUAGUAGCCAAUCAGAGACUUUGUUUACAAAUCUGGUUGUGAAUUUCAACUUGCAAUUUGAUCCUGUCAGUUGCAACUUGCUCAGAGCAAUCUCGCAAUCAAAAUUGCGGUAUUCCCAACAGCAUUGCAACAUUCAGGGGAACAGAACAUCUGGUUUGACUGUAAUGAAAUAUGUCAGGAGAGGAAAACAGGACUAACGUUCCAAUUGACAAUCCUCCCCCUUACGUCGUACAUGUAUAAAAAGUAAAACGCACCAUUUGUUAUAGAUCUGCAACAAGGUUGUUGUCAAGCCGAUAUCAGAUCACCUUGUUACAAGGUUGAUGAAGGUAACAGACUUGCCACAAGUUGUUCCAACAAGAGUGAUACAGGCCGUUUGUAACAAGUCGCUAAGUUGCGACAUUAGGGCCAUUUAUACGAGACAAAACAAGACGCGACUUACAUAAGACGCGACUUAAAUUAGCGGAGUUAUCGCAUAAAUGGUUCUCUACGCCUUUAUUCUUAUUUACUUGCUAUAGCUAUUAUCAUACCAUUAUGUUGUUUCAGUUGUUUUUGUUUUAAUAUGCAAGGCUAAUAAUUUUACGUUGUUUGAAGUUUCGGGCAUGUGUAGUUAGAAUUUUUGUCCAAAAUUUCUUAUUUAAGAUGCGACUUAAAUAAGAACAGCUAAAAGUCCUGUUCUUAUUUAAGUCGCGUCUUAUCCAAGACGCGUCUUACAUAAGAAUUUUGUACCUUUUAUACGACAAACUCGCGUCUUAUUUAAGUCGCGUCUUAUGUAAGUCGCGUCUUAUUUUGUCUCGUAUAAAUGGCCCUAAUAUCAGUCCUGUUGUAAUAACUUGUUGCAAGUCUGUUGGCCUCACCAACGUUGUUACAAGAUGAUGACAACUUGUUCCAGACUUGUCAAUAACUAGAAAAAUGUAGUGCAAACCAUUGUGUUGACAAGCUGUGAGAUUUUUAUGACAAUCAAUUGGUAGAAUAUUCAUAUCAGUUUGUAGUAUUGUUGUGGUAUGUCAUUACAUAUCCAACACCUUUCCAUCAUGAGUAGUUUGUCUUGCAAUAGAUAGUAUGCGUGGCAGGCCCUUAGUUUUAUGGGGGGGGGCCUGAUUUGCAACGGGUGGGAUUUCGGCGGGCACAGGGCAAAAAUCCUGCCCGUUGCAAAUCAGGUCCCCUAUAAAACUGAGGGCCUGCCAUGCAGGCUAUGCAAUAGACAUAAUAUUAUAUCUGGGUAGGCUUGGGCGGUUUACCGUUUUUUUUCGGUUUUAUUUUCAAACCGGUUUUUUCGGUUUAGCUUUUACAAAAACCGGAAAACCGUCAUUACGUAAUUGUUUACUGUCAUCACCUGAAACUCGAUCUUAAUUCUCAAAACAUGACACCAAUUAAACUCAAUUACGUGACACUAGAUACAAAUUCUAUUCUUUUUCCAAUAAAGUCGGUAAGAACUGAAGAGGUAUAAGUUUUCAAAUGCGUUCUUGGCCCUUUUAUUUUAAAACUGAAGUCAUUUUAGGUUACCUUUGCACAAUUUUGCGUUUUGUCAUGUACUGUUCGUUUGCUUAUGACAGAAAAAUACCACAAUUCCUCCUCAUACAGUUGAAAUACAAAUUAAAGGGAAAAAAACGGUUUUCCGGUUUUCCCGGUUUAGAAUCAGAUGGUUUUUCGGUUUUGAUUUUAAACAAAACCGCCCAAGCCUAUAUCUGGGGCUAGUAAACAGGGAAGCCUGUCUAUCAGCUCUUCAGUCUUCCAUGCAAAAUAAUUAGUCCACCACUGUACUAGUAUACUUUCUCUGGUUUGCAGUUAAAAAUUUAAUUUUUACUUUCAUAACAAAUGCAAAACAUUCAUGGGUCAUUGCACAAAACAUCCACAUCUCCCCCCUCAGAUGCCCUAGUUCAUUUAUUGUUAUAGAAGUAAAUAUUUCCUGACAGAAAUUCUGUAGUGGGAAUCUGAAUCUUUUCUGGAAUGACCCAUUGUCUUUAAGAUCUAUCAAACUUUAAAAAUAUAAUAUUUCAAUAUCACUGGUAUAUAUAGAAAGGAUAAAUUAUAAACUGUUUACAAUGAUUUAAAAUGAAACAUGAUGGACAAGUUCCUUUCUAAUAGUUUGUUGUUCAUGUCAGCAUUUUAAAUGUUCUGCGAUUCUGUAGAAUCUUAUGCUUAUGGAUUAAUUAAAGAACUGACUAAAUUGAGAGUAUUAUGUUAACAAACUGUCCCAUCCAUAUACUGUUCUGAUGAUUAGGGGAAUGUGCACCACUAAAUGUUACAAGAACUCCAUGACAUUCAACUGAAAUUUUCCCCAACAUUCCCCUAUUUGACGAUUGUCCCUUAAUUCUGGCUGUUAGUGUUACAACUUCGUUUGCCUCGAUGACAAUAGGUGAUUCUAACAUCACAUCAAAACCACGGAAUCCGCCAUUGCUGUCAGUACUGUACUCUCCACAAACUUUUGCACCUUUGAUCUCCAAAGUAACAUUAAAUGUGCCUUUUCGCCUGCUUCCAAACAAGCGGGUACCAUGGAACAGUGCAUCUUUGGAAACAGAAAAGCAAAUUCGAUCUGGCUCCCAACUCCGUUCAUAUCUCCGUUCAUUCUCAAUACUGUGAUUAAAUCUGUUGAACCGAACAUUUUUAUGGGAAACCUUUAUUGUCUUUAAUGGUGGUUUUCUCUUUGAAGGACUCCACUCUAAAGCUGAGUCUAAUCCAUUGAACUUGCCAUAAAUUGAUACCAGUUCCUUAUCACAAAAAAACCCAGACUUUGAGACAUGCUGUGCAAAAUCUUUUUCACCCAUGCUAAGGUACUUUAUUGCAUAAAUUGCAUCACCCAUGACAGAUUUUUUGUUUUCGGCUGUUGGUGUUAAAUUCUUUUGCUCGCAUUGGACCUCGCUCCAAUUUAGCACAGCUUGAAACAGUUUGACUUCAGGGAUAUCCAAUUUAUCGCGAUUCAGUAAAGUCAUGAGUGUCCCUAGAGUGAUGUUAUGAAAGCUUUCUGCGCUAACAACAUCACUUGUAUGUCGCUCUAUAAAAUGCCAACAUGCCGUCUGUAAUUCUUGCUCAUCAAAACAUAUUGCAUGGUUUAAAAUUGUAAACACGUUUUCAGCAUUUAUUAUUCUACACAGAUUAUCAACACACAUCUCAGUUAAGGUUCCCACCAUGUAUUUUUUAGCAAGGUAUAACAACGACACAACAUUCGUCUCAGUCAAUCUACAAUUGUCCGUAUACAGGAACCUCAAAAAUUCCUCGAAACUUUUUUCAUCCGUAUCAUUAAUUUUGAUCACGGAUCCCCGUUCGGCUAAUACUCCAUAAAACAUCGCAUAGAAUACCGAACUGCUUGUGGCUAAAACAUACUUGUGUGCGUGGAAUUUCGUCUCCGAACCUUCGCACGUGAAACUGAUGUCAGACAUAUCUGAAUUGUUGAACAUGUGCGUGUUUCUUUGCAAAAUACUUCGUGUUUUGAAUUGCCAGUCUUCGUCAGUUUGAGCCGAAGCCAUCUCUGUAUUAAAAUGAUGGAUAAACAAUAAUGAAAUAAAAUAAACGAAUAAACGAUUCACAAAUGCGAAUGAAUCGACGAAAGAAGAUCGAAUGAAUGUAUGUAUGAUGUAUCCUACCGUCAUUUGCACCUAACCAUGAACAGUCGCAGAUAAAACAAUUAGAGAGGUUCAGUUUUGACACCACGCAUCUGAUUGGUUAAUAGUCCAUUAAUGGUAGCGGUAGUGAAAGUCCAAUCUGAACUUCUAUUGUGAAACUUUCGUGUUUGUCAAGGUAGAUUUGACAUAUUAAUUAUAAUCCGAUCAGUCAAUCAUGUUGAUCAAUAUAUUCAAGUGCUCCUCAUAAGAUGGAGGUAACAUUGUUUUUCAUCAUGAUCAUGCAGAAUAGACAAUGUUUUUUUAUCUGUGACCAUUUGUCUUGUGAUUCAACGUGACUAACUGAGCUACAAGUCGGAGUCAAACCGACUUGUCCUCGUACGUAGCUCAGUUGGUAUAAUCGGUAUAGCGUUGGACUACAACGCAAGGUACUAACUAGUAAAUGCAAGCAUAGGGUUUUGAUAUUCUUAUGCUUAUCUUGACUAGAUCAGCCUAUAUUUACAUUUCAGCACUUUUUCCAACCUUCUACCCAGGGCAUUUCAUGCCUGCCAAGUAAAGACCCUGGGGCACUUUCCAUUUAAUGGCCUGACCGGUCAGACCAUUGUAAUAGGACUACAAUUACAAUAACCCUAAUCCAAAAGCUAUAAUCCUAAUCCUAACCGUAAUCCCAAGCGCCAAGCUUAACCUUAACCCUAAAGUUGAUGACCUUUUUUUGAUAAUCUCCCGCUGCGGCUCGACCACUACGACACCAUAUUCGGCAUUUUGCACAAUUGCAAUCAAAAAGUACAAGUGAGAAAGAAAAACAUGGAAUAACAUAGUUUCAGUGAUGGGAAGUGUUUUACUGAUUUUGUUUUACUGACAGGUUGAAAUGUGCAUUCAAUUGCUCGAGCGAUGUUUUGUAAUCCUCGCCAGUAUCAGGCAACGUCUCGAAGAUUUCUUGCACUUCUGCACCCGCUAAAUGAAGUAGAAUGACCCGCUUUUGCUUUUGAUCGGAGAUGCCCGAAGCACGAAUGUAGUAAUCGAGCGAGUUCGUCCAUUUGUCCCAACGUUGUGCCAACGAACUCGUUUCAGCCACAGAAAAGGGUGGAAUAUCCGGUAAAUCAAGGACCUUAGCCAUUUCGUAUGAAAAUCAACCAACGUCGAUACUUUUACUUUACCUCGUCGUCAAUUAUAGUGUUUAUAUUAUCAAACUUUAAGGCUUUAUUCUCUCGCUCGUGUACUACAAUACUCUCUCUCUAACAGUACUGAUGGUAGCCUGAAAUGUCAGGCGUUCUCCGCGAUACCGAGUACUCGGUAUUCGAUACCAGCGAUACCACAAACAGCGGUAUCGGUAUCGAUUACUGACGUGUAUCGUUCGAUACUUGCACCCUUUUUUAAACGACUUGUUUAAUUUCACUUCUUGGUUGAAUAUGACUUAAUGAACCACUAAAAUAACUCUUAAUAUUCCAAAUGUGGUGCGCCAAGUCAUGUAUAGAAAAUAUUUAUUACGUUUCGCGCUUUUGGUUACUCAUAGCUUUAUUUAGGUUACAUACAGUAAUGUAAAAUUUUUUCUGCUGACCGGCAGGUAUCGAAAAGUAGGCGAUACUAGUAAUUUAAGUACUCACUUCCGGUAUCGAAAAUUGAAAUUUUGUGUUCAUUUUGGUAUCGAAAUAGGUAUCGACAUCGGCCGAUACUGAUCUUAAAAGUAUCGGUAUCGAAUUAAAAAUCCUGGUAUCGCCCAUCACUAUAAUUGCCUUGCAAAAUAUCUGGUCACACUGGUGACUGGUCAUCGUAUUCGUAUUGGUAGUCAAUUUAUCCCGGGCGUUCUGUGACCCCCGUCUGCGAUCAUAUCAGAACAUGUCAGCGGCAUCUAGUAAAUUACUUAAAUAAUAAAAUAAUAACAUCGCCCAAAGUUCGAAGGUUUUACUUUAAUUCCAAAGGAAUUUUAUCGCUGAAAUAUUUUUUAUCUACAACUUUAGAAAGUGGAAAUAGUUUCAGAUGCAUGGGCCAUCAUUCGGAUAUUUACCAUCGAAGAACAAAUAUGACUGGUUUAUAGUUUAUUUUGUCUAAAAAUACAUUCCCAUGUACAUACAAAUUAAAUUACCUGCGAAAAUUCACAAACUAACCCCUCUGAAAUUUGAAGUCUUUGCCGUGGCUAGAAAAAACAAUAAAUGCCAUACCAUCUCUAUAUUUACUACAAAAUGUCAGCGGAUCCUUUUAUUUAUAUAUGUUUAUACCAGUAUAUAUUUAGAUUUUCUGCAUUUGUAUUUCAGCGACGUGGCGUGGUUGUCUAGGUCGUUGCGUGCGGUCUCACAUGCUGCUAAUUGGCGGUUUUCUCUAAGAUUUUUCCUAAGAUUGUCUUUAUACAAUACCUUUUGGUUAAUAGAUUUAUAGGGUUUGAGUUCGGGUCAGGUUUAUUUUUUAAGUGUGGAAUUACUAGACAACACAGUUUAAUAAGUGUGGAGGUACUAGACAACACAGGGGAGUUACUACUGUAUUACUGUAAAUUACUAUUAUUAAAUUGCCCCUUCUUUCAAAAUUCGAUAAAUUGUUUUUUAGAAAUGUGAUUUCGCUGUCACUUUGUGGUUCGCGCAAUUUCCAUAAUUCGCGCGCGAAUUCGAAUUGUGUUAAUUAUACUGUUAAUUACCAUUAAUUAUGCUAAAUGUUUAGCCGCUGACAUAUGCCGCUGACAUGAUCGAUCACAGAAUGCCCGGGAAAUUAUGGCCGGGAUAAAUAGACCCCUCUGAAUUGAUAUCACCACAUCUUGGCAUCUUGCAAGCUUUCGCAGUUUCGCUUACAUUUUCUUUUAUAUCUAUCAUUCGCAAAGAUGGCUUUACCUCAAGCUGACGAAGACUGGCAAUUUGAAACGCGAACUGUUUUGGAAAGAAACACGCACAUGUUUAAUAAUCAGGAUAUGUCUGACAUCAGUUUCACGUGCAAACAUUCCGACAAGAAAUUCUACGCACACAAGUAUGUUUUAGCCACAAGCAGUUCGGUAUUCUAUGCGAUGUUUUAUGGAGUAUUAGCCGAACGGGGUUCCGUGAUCAAAAUUAGUGAUACGGAUGAGAAAAGUUUCGAGGAAUUUUUGAGGUUUCUGUAUACGGACAAAUGUAGAUUGACUGAGACGAAUGUUGUGUCGUUGGUGUACCUUGCUAAAAAAUACAUGGUGGCAAUUUUAACUGAGAUGUGUGUUGAGGUUCUGUGUAGAAAAAUAAAUUCUGAAAACGUGCUUACAAUUUUAAACAACGCAAUAUGUUUUGAUGAGCAAGAAUUACAGACGGCAUGUUGGCAUUUUAUAGAGCGGUAUGCAAGUGAUGUUGUUAGCGCAGAAAGCUUUAAUAACAUCACUCUAGAGACACUCAUGACUUUAGUGAAUCGCGAUAAAUUGGAUGUCCCCGAAGUCAAACUGUUUCAAGCCGUCCUGAAAUGGAGCGAGAUCCAAUGCGAGCAAAAGAAUUUAGCACCAACAGCCAAGAACAAAAGAUCUGUCAUGGGUGAUGCAAUUUAUGCAAUAAAGUACCUUAGCAUGACGCAAAAAGAUUUUGCACAACACGUUUCGAAGUCUGGUUUGUUUACUGCGGAGGAACUAGUUACAAUUUAUAACAAAUUCAAUGGAUUAGAUUCAGCUUUAAAGUGGACUCUUACUACAAGAGAACCACCAUUAAAGAUCAUGAAAAUUUCCCAUAAAAAUGUUCGAUUUAACAGAUUUAAAAGUGUUUAUGAGAAUGAAUGGCAGGAUGAUUCUUGGGAGCCAGAUCGCCUUUGCUUCUCUGUUUCCAAAGAUGCACUAUUUCAUGGGGCACAUUUGUUUGGGGGUAACAGAGGAAGUGUAUGUGAUGUAACUCUGGAAGUCAAGGGUGCAAAAGUCAGUGGAAAAUACAGUACAGGCAAUGAUAGGUGGUCAUAUGGCUUUGAUGUGAUGUUAGAAUCGCCUAUUGUCAUUGAGGCAAAUGAAGUUGUAAUACUGACAGCCAGAAUUAAUGGACCAUCUUCAUGUUUGGGAAUUGAUGGGCAAAUGUCAGUUGAAUGUCAUGGAGUCACUGUUACAUUUAGUGAUGCACGUUCCCCUUUUCAUAAGACCACUGCAUCACAAGGACAGUUUCUCAAUGUAAUACUCUCAAUUUAGGCUGUUGUUUGAUAAACUUUGAUUCUAUGACCUCAGUAUUUUGUUCACCAGAGUUUGAGAUUAGAAUUUUUUCCUGACAUCACUUAUGGAUGUACAGGUAUUUUUAAAGGGCCGCUGUAAUUGGCGAAAGCUGUGGCGUGUACCUGCCCUCUGUUUAUAUAUGUAUUGUGUAUGUCAUAUGUAGCAUGUUAUUUGGUAAAGUUAAACAAAUUUGAUAUUCAAUCACUGAAAGACUGAUAUUCAUUUGAGGCCUUAAACUGCCAACUUAUGCACAGGUAAAACACAUUCUGCACUUGAUAUUUUCAACAGUUAUCAAACUGAUUUUACUGUGUUAAUAAUGAAAUAUACAAUAACGCCACUACAAAUGAGAUUUUAGUUUCCCAUCUGGCCUCGCUUCAUGAAUGCAUGCGGGCACAGUCCCUUGUUAUUCAUUGAGAAUUCAUUAACCCUAAUUCUGUCAUCAUCUGGACUCAGAAUAGUCAUUGCAAUAUACUAUUUUGAAAUUCCUCGUAAUACAUAUUGUUUAACAAUCUCCUGCUUUUGCAUUGCCAUGAAACAAGCAAGAGUGGGGAUGAGAAUGAUGACAGAAGUCAGAUUUUUAACACCUUUGUGAGGCAAGUUUUUUUUAAAAAUUUUAACACACAAAAACGUUAUUACAACAAAACAAAUAAAAUUUAAUAUCUAUUUUGGAAAAAGUCAAAUAAUGUAAGGGGUCACGUCCAUAUUCAAUUUGCCAUGUAACGUUUUCGGUGGGUAGGUGGGUCUAUUAUUGGUGUUAUAUUCUGUGAUGUUUUAACAAAUUUCACCAUGGCAAAAUGAAUAUUUUUUUAAAAAUCUUGCCAUAAGCUAAUUACCAUACUUGAUGUGGUAAUUAGGGUGGGUGGAUGGAUUUGGAUAAAAAUGUCAAUUUGACUGUUUGUGUGGCAACUUGAAUAUGGAUGUAGCCCCUGGUCUCUUCUCAAAGAUGUGGGCAGUGGAUAGGAAACUAAAGUCUAAUUUCGAAUGGCCUAAUUUCUUAGUGUUCAACUAAAAUAGGAUACCAUGAAGAUGCUGACAUUAAAAACAUACUUUAAUUUAUAAUUGCUAAUAAUAGCAAUAUUAAAAGAUUGUAUUUUUGAAGUUAUAUUGAUAGAUUGUCAUAGACAUCAUUGACAAUGUUUCCAUUUUAAUGAAUCACAUUUACCUAAACUAGAGAAAGUGGUCAAAUAGUUUCCCUGUAAUAUAUUAUAUUUUAUUUGAAGUGGUUUUUUGUUAUUGAAAACUCUCCCACAUACAAUUGUAGUUAUGUCAGGAUUUCCACAGGCCUUGAAAAUCUUGGAAAGUCUUUGAAUUGGAAAAACAAAAUUAUUGAAAAUCAUGGAAUUAAUUUCCUUAACCUCCAGCUGUGCCGACAUUAGUGAUUUUGAUUAAAAUUACUUAAUAAAGUGGAUUAUUCACGGCAAAUCCGUGCCAUUUUCGAACAUUUUUUUCCUGUUCUAAAUCCUUGAAUUUACUGAAAAAGGGCCUUGAAAGUCCCGGAAAAGUCUUUUAGUUUCUCCUACACCGAAGUGUGGACACCCUGUUAUGUUUAAGACAGGAUUAUGUUUAAGUUGAGGAUGAGCUUUAUAGGAUUUGUAGGGAUUUAAUCUUGAGGAUGAGGUUUUAGGGUUAUGUUUAGGAUUAGGAACACAUGAAAUUUCGUGGCCAAGAGUAUACCAGUUCACAGUAACGGUGGUGCAUGUCUACUGCCUAGUGGACAUAAUAUAUCUAGGUACAAGAUUAUAACCGUUGAAUCUAGAUUCUCGGCAUUGCAGUUCUUUAUAACCUUAGAGUGCAGGCUAACCCUCCCUGGAUUUUCCUCAUUUUUUUAAAUAUAUAGAAACUUGCGUUGCCUGGUUAAAGUAAAUAUUCAGUUUGCUUUUCUAGAUAAAAAACAGUUCUCUUCAUUGGUUGUAUGGUUGGAAGACAUUAAAAUUCGACUUUAUCCAAUCAACGAUCGUACAGCUUUGAGGGAUACAGAAAAUAAAGACUGGCCAGAUGUAUUCAAACAGGUUGGUCGGAUGCAUAUUUUCCAAUAUAUAGCAUUUGCAAAAUUAUUCAAGACAUUUGAAAAUUUUCCCUGCAUGGUCAUGGUGGGUAACUUGCAAUUCUUUUCUGUUGGUUGGUCAUUCGGUCAGCCAUUUGCAUGUUUGGUUGGUCAGUCUGUUAGUCUGGUUUGUUGAGUGGUUGGUCUGUCGGUUGGUUGGUCUGCCUGUCAGUUUGUUGGUCAAUAUGUCUGUCCGUUGGUCAGGCAGUCGGUUGGUUGGUCUGUUGGUUAGUCAGCCAGCCAGCCACCUAGUUUGUCGGCUGUUGGUUGGUCAGUCUGUUUGUCAAUUGGUCGGUCAACCAAUCAUCCAGCCAGUUGGCCGGUCGGUUAGUCAGCCAGAAGUUACAAAUACGCUUGCCUAAAUAUCAUAUUGCCAAAACUGGUCUCACAAAAAUUCUUUAAACCCUCUCUUAUUUCUAGUAUAUGAAAGAUUUGGAUUGCCCUGUAAAUCCUGAAAGGAAAGAGCAAGUUUUAGAUUGGUUGUUGGGAUAUGCAGUACGUCUCGAGUAUUCAGAUAAAGGUAAGAUCUUUUUCACGUCUCAACAGAUAAAGAGUUCAGCCUCGUACCCAGGCGCAAUUAACUAAAAAUAGGCACACUACAGUACUUUUAUAUAGAUCAGUGGCUAAGAUGAGCGAGCGCGCGGGGGUGCUUGGGAAGCACCCCCGCGCGCUCGAGCCACUGAUCUAUGUAAAAACACUAUAGUGUGCCCAUUUUUAGCGCCUGGGUACGCAACCUCGUUCCCAGGCUCUUUGCUCUUGGGAAGCAAAGACCCUGGUCGGGGCUGGUCACGUGACCCAUAGAAAAUUGAUAACCUAAGAGGGGGAUGGAAAAGUAUCAAAUUACAUGUUUCCACUUCCGCACCUCACACUUCGAUUGCAAGGAGUGACCGUGCUAUACAAUCAUCUUUGAGAAUCAUAUAUACUUCAAAAUACUUGCUAAAUUGGUUUCUGUUUGCUUUUAAAUUAUACAAACAUGCUAAACUGUAGAUUCUUAUAUAGCAACAAACAAGUCAGAAAAUCAAGCAACGAAAACGUAUGAUCGUAUAUGCUUGGAAAUAUUUGCCCUUUUAUUGUCUCAGUGUCUCGGGGUUCGGGCGCAGUUUCAUUUCACGCGUACGUUUCUGUAUCUGGCUCUGAUACGUAUAAUAUUCUUAUAAUGUGCCAUUGAAUUGUUGUCAUAUGGAAACAGUAUAAAUUUUGUUAAAUAGAGGUCUCAAAAGCGACUGUGUAGGUCGUAGGCGCUGCGCCUUGCUGGUCCUACAGCAAACGUUACAUAUUUGGACACUAGCCAAAUAGACAUUGAAUGUCCAUUCUAUUGAUUCUAAAACGGUUUAUAGACAUAGUGCUCUAGAUUUUUUUAAAAAGGUUAUCAUCGUUUAUAUUCAACACCAGGUAGGAAGGAGUGUUAACGUACAUGUACAAAAUUGUUUGGGAUCGACAGUAAAGAAUUAUACGACAAAUCACAACUGUAUGCAUUUCCUUUUUUGUCUGCACGAGUACCUGUUUGUUGAAGCCAAAAUCAGAUUGCACAGAAUCUCCGAUAUGAAUUAUAUAGCCAAACACCCUCGCCCCUUGAAUGCAAAGGAAUGAUAGCCGAAAAGGUUUAGCAAAGUAUUUUUUAUUAUAUCUGGUAUAAAGUGUCCCUACGUUUUAUCAGGGAUAUAGAUAUACAUAAUUCAUAAACUGUAUAUAUGCGCACGAAGUCCAGCUCAUAGAAUUACUUAUAAUUAACUUUUGAUAAGCCUUUUAAAGUUUCCAUUGAUAGAUAGGUUGUUUGCCUCUAGUAUGGUUUGGUGAAACUGCUAAAAUGUCAUUUAUGCAGUAUACGAUAAAGAUUAUUUAAAGUUGAUUUAAAUAUUGAUGACUCACAGGCCACAGCAGCAUUAUACAAGUCGAAAGAAGCUGUCGCGUUAUUCUUCAAAUAUAAAGCCCUGAAUGUGCAAUGGAAUGAAAGGUCUUUAUAAGGUUUAUAAAUUAAUGUACCUGCUGUAAAUUACUGUAAUACACAAAAUAUGAAAUAAUUUACUAUGAAGUACAAUACCAGUGUCCGGUGCAUAUAUCGUCCUAAAUAUUCAAGUUAUAUGUACCGCACGCACGGAAACGUACAGUGGAGUCUUGGUGUUCGUCUGAUGACAGAUAGCUAUACUUCGAGUCUUCGACAUACUGAUCAUUCUUGAUCGUUGAGUUUCAGCAAUGUAAAUGAAAGGAAUUUUACAGUCCAUAACGGGUUUUAAUCCUGUGCUUUCACAGUCAAGAUAGCACUAUUGUUUACACACAGUUAGCGAUGUUUGGGAAAUCUUCCAUUAUAAAAUAAAUCCUUUGGCUUUGUUGAAUAUCGUACAGGAUACACUUCAACCAUAAACAACCAUAUCGUUCAUUUAGUAUCGUUUGAUCGAUCAGUCGGUAUAGAAUUGGGAAGACAUAUAUGUUUCUACGGCGAUGCGUGCUCAACUUCGCAAGCCAGGCGCGUGUGGAGUCCUUGGAAGUGAAAUAUGAUCCAGCUUCUUGCUUGAAAUGUACCGCAACACUUAUAAUUGAUGACAUUCAGUAUAGCAGGAAGUUGUGUCAUGAUGAAUACGAAUUUAAAACUAUUCCUUUCACGAUAUCUUGUUGCAAAUUACAUUUUUAUCACCCGAAACUAUAACACAUAAAAUUGCAAUUUUCCAAACGCAACAAAUAGACUCCUCUACCACCCCUCCCUGAGAUCAAUUCAAUUUACCACGCAGAAUCUGCGGGGUCACGUGACCAGCCCCGACCAGGGUCUUUGCUUCCCAAGAGCAAAGAGCCUGGGAACGAGGUUGCUGGGUACGAGGCUGUAAAGAGUUGCUGUUGGAUAGGAAUUGCAGAAGUGACGUCCUGCAGUAUAGUAAAUAUUAACAUUCGGGAAUAUUUUAUCAUAAAUUAAGGGUGUGAAGGGAACAUGUUGUUUAUAUAUCGAAGGAACAAAAUACCUCGAGAGUUCUAAUAAAAAUUCACGUUAAAGUAUGUUAGAACACAGGCGGCCCAGACGUGUAUCAGUGUAUAGUAAAUAUAUCAUUAUAGAAUAUACCUCUGAGAAUAUACUAAACAAUAAAAUUUGUAAUGAAUUUUAUAUUUUAAAAUCAUAUUUACUUGCCUACUUUGAUUGUAUGUGAUCGUCUUUUAUUUCUGAGCGACUUUACAUUCGAUGCCUGCGACUGUCUUCAUAGGUGAUAGUAUUGAAUACAAAGGCUAACGAUUCCAGUUCUCAAACCAGCGACACGAACACUUCAGCUCGAAAUAUAUCCCCUUCAAAUUGCUUUGUUCCCGGUUAAACUUCGCCAGCGUAUAGAAUAAACACCCAUCUUCCAACAUACAAUGCAAUAUUAACACGUCCUAUAAUUUUUGCAACAGAUUUUUAGCGAAAUGUUUCGAGACUAAAAUUCUACGGAACUUAGAAAGACCGAUAAUUACUACGGCGCCUGCUUGGCCACCUAGCCUCCUUUACCGUUUGGAUUGUCAGGGGGGGGGAUUCAAAUAGCACCUUUGAAAUCCGAUAUUGUAAUUUGCAAAACUCUUUCGAUCGUACACAGCAACAACGCCAGCAAAUCAAUGCCGCGAUAGUGACUGUUUACAAUAUUUGAAAUUUGAUAUUGUAAUUUCCAAAACUUUUUCGAUGAAUCAAUCGUACAUCGAAAGAGUUUUGCAAAUUUAAUACAAUAUCAGAUUUGAAAUAUUGUAAACAGUCGGUAUCGCGGCGUUGAUUGGCUGGCUGUUACCGGAAAUAGUGAAUCCCCCCCCUGACAAUCCAAACGGUAAAGGAGGCUAGGUGGCCAAGCAGGCGCCGUAGUAAUUAUCGGUCUUUCUAAGUUCCGUAGAAUUUUAGUCUCGAAACAUUUCGCUAAAAAUCUGUUGCAAAAAUUAUAGGACGUGUUAAUAUUGCAUUGUAUGUUGGAAGAUGGGUGUUUAUUCUAUACGCUGGCGAAGUUUAACCGGGAACAAAGCAAUUUGAAGGGGAUAUAUUUCGAGCUGAAGUGUUCGUGUCGCUGGUUUGAGAACUGGAAUCGUUAGCCUUUGUAUUCAAUACUAUCACCUAUGAAGACAGUCGCAGGCAUCGAAUGUAAAGUCGCUCAGAAAUAAAAGACGAUCACAUACAAUCAAAGUAGGCAAGUAAAUAUGAUUUUAAAAUAUAAAAUUCAGUACAAAUUUUAUUGUUUAGUAUAUUUUAUAAUGAUAUAUUUACUAUACACUGAUACGCGUCUGGGCCGCCUGUGGUUAGAACAACAAGAGAAUAUUACACGUCCCUAGUCCAGAAAUAUUAAGGAUGUCAUUGAAAGCAAUAUUUUUUAGCUUCUCAAAUAAAUAAGACUUGGGAGGAACAAAAGGCGAAGAAACAACUUGAACAAAACGCGACAGAAGCCGAAGAAACAAUACGAAAUCUCAAAGGUAUAAAAAGAUUGUGUUUGGAAUGUGAACAGCGACAUAGCCGGGGGGGGGCAGGAUGGGGAGAUACGGACUACAGAGUACUUACAUACAGAGGUCUCACUUCGGGUUAAUUUAGCGUAAGGGAUUUUUUCAGUCCGCCAUGUUCUUAGCAAGGGACUUGUGCUCUAAAGAGAGACUGUCACCCCCUGAAAACAUAUUGAAAUUUAUUAUUCCAGGGGGUGAAUACCUCUCUUUUGGGCACUUGCUGAGAACAUGGCCGCCAGCUAUUUUGGUAACGGUUUACCCGCAGAAGUGAGACCUCUGUGUGCCACUACUCUGUGUCCGGACCCCCAGUUUCUUCAGGACCAAUUUUGUAUUUCCAACCCUAAAAAUAGAUUAAUUGGGCUGGCUACACCCCUGAAUGUGCUUAUGUGCAUGUAGAAACCAACAGUAAUAAUUGACCAAGAUUUUUUUCUUUUAACAGCCGAUGAUCCAAAUUUGAAAGCUGGCAUCAUGUCCCUGGCUAAUUUGCUAAAAAUCCCCGAACACGAAGAUCCCCUUUUAAGACUACACGUAAGUCGCACCAGUUCAAUAUUAAGAGCUAAAUGUUUUGGUUUUAAAGAAACUAGCUUUUCCUUUUUCUGUUUUUUAAAAUGCACCACUAUAGGCUUUAAAGGCGUUAAUAGAAAACAAACUGACAGCAGAAGUUCAAGCAAACGCUAGUUCACAGGUAAUUUUGAAAGAGAGUUUUUAAUACAUAAUAACAAUAAUAAUAAUAGUAACGAUUUAUUGGCAAUACAUUCACAAAAUGGCUCUUCGCUUACCAAAUAUACAAAAAUACAAUUAAAUUAUAUACAAAUUCUACAAAUUACAUGCAAUAUAACUGGUAACGUGUUCGAAUGACAAAGUUUUACAUAUAAAAUUACUAUUGUAUUACAAGUUACCUAAUACAUACGUGUUAAAUAACGAUUGGAAAUUAAUGACUUAUAAACAUCGUAUUAUUUCUAACCUGUUCUGUGCUCUUUAGAAAAAAUCAGAAAUAGACUUAAAGUUUUUUCAGAACAUGAAACUUGGCUUCGACACUGGAGGUAAAAUGAAAAAGAUUACUUCGAAACUGUGGAAAAUAAAACUUCUGUUGAUCCAGACAAGAUUUCUAGAAAAACAUUUCCAUGUUUAAAAACAAUUAAGCUGUUGGGUAGAUUACUUUAAAGGAUUUGUUAACCUGGGAAUAAGCUAACAGACUUUUGAACAACCGCCCCAGAUUGCUGACGCUUUGCUAGUUGUGGUUAUGAAAGUCAAUUAGCCAUUCCGAAGUUGAUGAGUGGACUGGGGACGAGUGUUAAAAAGUGCCCAAAUUGAGAAAUGAACCCAAUCACUAAAAAGACCACAUCAAAAUUAGUAAGUAUGCAGAGUUUGAAGGCGUUUACAUAAAUACCCUUCGAAUAAUAAGCUUUUGAAAUUACUGAUUAAAGACUGUUUUGGGGACGCGCGUUCCCAAAAACAAAAAUUGCAGUACAUUUCAUAGUAAAUAUCUGGAUUUUCGAAAGCUUAUUAUUCGAAAGGUAUUCAUGUAAACGUCUUCAAACUUCGUAUACUUACUAAUUUUGAGGUGGUCUUUUAGUGAUUUUCUUAAUUUGGGCACUUUUUAACACUUGUCCCCAGUCCUCUCAUCAACUUCGGAAUGGCUAAUUCAGACAAGAUGAGAUAAAUUCGUGUACGAAGUAACAUAACAAACUUCGACCCCAACCAAGCUCGCAAUUGUAUUCUGCGCUACCCAACGCAGGAAGCCGAAACACUGACACCGAUCUCGUACCCAGAGUAUGCCCGUUCGCAGGUUAGGUGUUCCGCGGCGGGCUGACCGUGUCCCAUGCAGGCUAGGUCAUGCCUGUCACCCAACCUACGAACGGGCAUACGAGUACGAGAUUGCACUGACAUCCAACAUUUCUAAGAUUUUUUCUGGCUAGCAAUGUGGUGGUUUGGACUCUUUGGAACUCUUUUGCUGGGUUUUAAUUCUAUACUUCUUGUUUAGAUUCGGCAGUUAAUGAAGCAGCGAAGAUUUUAAGACUUCUUCACGUAUCGGAACUUCGCGAACUUCAGACAAGUAUUACACAGGCCAUUGUGGCCGUGCAGUCGCACACUGCUAACCCAAAAACGGACACGAAACUUGGCAAAGUAGGAGUGUAG